CAUCUCAACCAGAUGCUGCAACUCUCAUGCCUCCUAUCAUCAUCCUACGAACUUCCUGUUCACUACGUUGGCUCUUCCAUCCACAUCCGUCAAGCGAAGCUCCGCUGCUCAACUCCUCUUCUCCUCACCAAAAUCCAAUUCCAUGACCUCCCUAUUCCUCCUUUUCCUUCUCCCGCCCCCAUCCGCGGUGGAGAUACUGAUUUUCCUACCCAUCUCCAGCCAUCCUUCGACUCCUCUCUCAACCUUCGUGAACCUUUCGCCGCCCUCAUAGACACACUUUCUUCUAAAGCCAAGAAGGUAGUUGUAAUCCAUGACCUUUUAAUGGCCUUUGCGGUUCAGGAUGCUGCUUCUUUACCAAACGUAGAGCUCUACAUGUUCCACACCGGCUCUGCCUUCACUUCCUUCUCCUAUUUUGUGUGGGAAAAAACCCGGGAAAUCCCCGUUCCUAAAGAUUUCCCUGAAAGCCUUCCUUCCAUGGAAAGUUGCUUAACUGACGAGUUGAUGAAUCUCCUAACCAUUCACAUGGAAUUCAUGAAACUCCAAUCUGGUGAUCUCCACAACACAUGUAGAGUGAUUGAAGGAGAAUACAUAGAUCAUCUGGCUCAGAACGAACUCAGAACCCGGUGGGCUAUCGGACCAUUAAGUCAUCAUUUGGGAGGAAGAAUUGAGGAGCAGAGCAACUCCAGUGGGGAAAACAUAUGCCUGAAUUGGCUUGACAAACAACCACCAAAGUCAGUCAUAUACAUCUCCUUUGGGACUACGAGUUCUUUUGUAAAGGAACAGAUUACGGAACUGGCAGUUGGGAUAGAAGAAAGUAAGAUUAGAUUCAUCUGGGUGCUCAGAUAUGCUGAUAGAGGAGAUGUUUUUGCAGAAGAAGAUCAGAGUCCCGAGCUUCCAGAAGGGUUCGAAGAGAGAACGGAAGGAGAGGGGAUGGUGGUGAGAGGGUGGGUACCUCAGGCUGAAAUCCUGAAGCACCCAUCUACUGGAGGUUUCUUGAGUCACUGUGGGUGGGGUUCAUGUUUGGAGAGCAUUAGCUCCGGGGUACCAAUAGCAGCAUGGCCCAUGCACUCCGACCAGCCAAGGAACGCCACGUUGGUGACACAGGUGUUGAAGGUCGGUUUGAUUGUAAGGGAGUGGUCACACAGAGCAGAAUUAAUAACAGCGUCGGUAAUUAAAGAAGCUCUGAGGACACUAAUGGCUUCAGAGGAAGGGGAAAUGAUGAGGAGAAGGGCAGAGGAAUUAGGAAGGGCUGUUCGUCAGGCUACUGAGGAAGGUGGAGUUUCUCAAAAGGAAUUGGAAUCCUUCAUCAACCAUAUCACCAGAUAGACCCAUGAACAAGAGCAAUGCACAGUAUUUUUCAGCUCAUUACUGUAAAAAUAAAGGCUAGAUUAUGUCGGACCAGGGCUUAUUGGUGUUUAGUUACAUCAUGAUACAGGUUUUGGCAUCAGGAACAUCAUCAAGGACAAAGGAACCAAGUUUACCUGUCCUGAACAAUGUAAGAAACUUCUUUGAUACCAUUAAGCGCACUUCAGAUGCUUUCUGAGGUACCUCAAGGGCCUUCUGUAACGUUUCGAAUUCAUGCUCUUCUAUUACGUACUCCAAAUCAUUCUCAUCUUCCACGUUGCCAUUGAAUUCUGAGUUACACACAGUGCACACUGGACUGCCAUUACAAGAUCCUGUGAUUGAACAAGAAAAGGAUGGAUAUUAGGCAAGGCAUUGAAGGAUCAAAUUAAAAGAUCAAAUUUUGCCACCAGUUAACCUUUGAUUAUCUAGUUCAAACCUCCAAGAAUUACAGCUUAAGAUACAACAGCAUACUUAGCAUGCAGACAAAGUUUGUUUGAUUGUUUGUUUGUGUCACUGCAGCCAAUAAUUUUGCAUGUUCAUUUGUGUAUCAGUGCAGAACAUAAUUUUGUUUAUUUGUUUGCCUGUGUGUGCAGCCCAUAAUUUUGUUUGUUCAAAUUUGUGUGUGUGUACGUGUGUGCUUGCGUGCAGAAAGAGUAUCUCAACAUAAAGCAUAUCAGACACAUUUGGCAGCUUCUUCCUUCUUGGCCAAAGGUCUUUUAAAUUAUAAUUGUGUUUAUCCUCAGAAGAAGGGUUAAUCUCUUCCAUCUUGUUAUUUAGAACAGUGAAGUGGAGUGCCUCUAGUGUUUAAAACAGCAAGUAGGUAUUGUACAAUACACUCCACACCAACCACUGAGUCUUUUACGUCCCUGCAUAUGCAAUAAAGUAGCUGAAAUAAUUAGUAAAUCACAGAAACACCU